AUGGGUGAUGUGGUAUUCUUCGAGCCUCGGAGAACCUCCGUCUUGGUUUCACCAGCUGGUUCCACCAAGAAGCUCGCCAAUCAUAGCGCUAUGAGAGUAGCUUACAAGUUUAUCUUUGCUCCAAAUUCAAAUUUCUCAGCUAAACCUGAACAAAUGUAUGGUUUUAUUCCUCAGUGGGGAAAGAUUGAUGUGGUCCUUUAUCGAAAUAAAGGUAGGCCAGCUGAUGAGAACCUGAGAAUCCAGUUUGCAGCGGCUCCGACAGGUGAAGAUCCAAAAGAGAGCUUCGCUACAGGCCAGCCAACUGGUGUUUAUGUGGGCGAAACCACAGUGAAAUUAGUAGCAAUUGAAUGA